AUGGCACCUGGCGACAACAACAAACGCCCACCCUCCUCCAUCUCAAAGAAGAACGACAAAUCAAUGAGUUCCACCGCGAAUUCCAACACAGAUAACGACCAAAACGAUAAUAACGGACUGUCCAACCGCGGCGCUGUACCACCCACCGUCGCGUCCCAAUUCACGAGGGCCUUCGAACAGAAUGGCGGCGAUAACAACACCAAGCCUGCCGCUAGCGGCUCUUCUCCUGGGCCAUCCGCGCCAGAACCAGCGUCGAGCCAGCAUGGCCACCGGAAUGGCGGAGACAGGUCGAAAAUCGAAAACAACAAGAAGAACAAGCAGCCUCAACACCGGCACACUGAAGGUCAGAGGGAGGAACCGAGUCGGGAAGAUGCGGAAGAUCUCUUGGGCUCCCCGUCCCCUCUAUCAUGGCGUCGGAAGCGUGAGUCGCGGCUGCAUUCGUAUAUCGAGACACGGGUCAAGCCACUUGAGGAAACCAUGAAGCAAUUGAAAGACAGCCAAGUGACUCGGGACAACUUGGACGAAGUCUUUCAAAAUACGAUUGGAGCCAGUUUGCUUCAUGAACAGAAAUGCUUCGUUGAAACGAUGACGAAUGAUCUAAUAUCGGCAACGGUUGCAUCCGACAACGCGGCUGCCGAGGUUCUUCAGCUACGGCGGGAGGUCAAAGAGGCAAAGGCUGAGGCAGAAGCUCUGAGGAGCCGCAUUGAAGCACUAGAACGUUCACACAGCCAGACUGAGUUUUCAGCGACCAGCUCGCAGCUCAGCACGCGCGCCGCCGUCUUGUUCGCACUGUCCCAGACUUUCAGCCUUCAGGCCGCCGCAUCCGACAAUGCAGCCGAAGCCGACACCCAUUGCGCAAGGGCUGAACAGAUGGAUAUUGCCCAUCAGAGCUUUCUUAUGUUGCUGGACGAUCUCAAAGGCGAGGAAAAUCCAAACAUCCCCCAGCUUCGUCCCGAGGAAGUGAUCCGGAUGGCCCAGCAACGGCAGCGCGAUCGCCGAGAAGAGGUAGCCAGGUCUGAACAGCGGUCUCGGCAGCAGUAG